AUGCUGAAAGAAGAUCUUCAUACUGAAAAGGAAACGGCAGCAGGUGGACAUUCAGACCUGCAACAGGGAGCCAAGAGCAACAGUAAUGAUGACUACACCCGAGAGCAGAGGGUGGGGUGGGAACGGCCCUCCGAAGCCAACUCCCGGGUGGUAGAUUUCAAGACAGCAGGCAAUAUUGUACUGCAUAUGCCAUCGGAAGAGCGGAGAAGGCGAGGGACACAGUCUCUUCACAACAUCUGCAAGGCCAACGUGAGAGGGUCAGUUGUGAAAGGAGGCAGUGGCCUUGUGGAUAGAGUACAGGCUUUGAGUGCUCCCAAGCAACAAGACGCUGCCUACAGGAGCUCUGGGGGCAGGCGCGAGUCGCCACCGCCCUUGCAGGAUCCAGAGGCUGGCCCGGGCCACCCGCACUGCUGCGAGACCCACGAGCAGGCCCCAAGUGCUGCCUCCGCUGUCCUGGGAGUAUGUGAGCCACAGCUGCCUAUACGAGGCCUGCAAGGAGGUGCCAAGGGCUACGCCUGCUGUCCUGAGGGCACCCCAGAUGAAGGGAAUAACAGCCAGCACACACUGAGGGAAGAGGCACUCAACAGCCAGCAUCCCGCGAGGGGAGAGCGGGUCCCUUCACCCAAGCCCCUCCGUCAGGGAAUGCUCUGGCGUUUGAACACCACGAAGGUCACACGAGGGCCAAGUGUGGGCCUGGUGAAGGAGGGGUUGCUGGUGGUUAUUAAGUGGGGUCUUGAGACCUCAGGCUGGAAUGCAGUGAGGUCGGAGGGAGGCUCAGAGGAGGGCAGAGUCCUGCCCAAGGCACCGCUACCUUCGCGGGUCUUUCCGGAGGAAGCCGGAUCGGGCAGAAUCUCGAGAGAUCGAAGCGCCUGCGGGAGGCCCUGGAAUGGAAACACCUGGGCGCCCUGCGUGCUGCAGGCCCCGCCUCCUGGACGCCUCACGCCACCUAGCAACUAG